AUGGCUACUAUGAUGCGUUAUAAAGAAUUAGUUGGUGGUACGAGUAAAAAACAAAAUUGGAAAGGUUUAAGUAUUGCGUUUGUUGUCAUUGCUGUUAUAUGUUUAUUUAUUCUUUGUGCAAUUUAUCUAACAACUGGGGAUAAAACAACAUCGUCUAAUGAUCUUAUCGCACUCAAUGAAGACGAUAUAUUCAAAAUUAAAGUACCUAAACCAUGGAAUGGUACAUGGAUAUCGGAUACAUAUUUUUCUUAUAUGGAUACAAAAGAUUCAAUAUGGAUUUAUAACUGUGAUAAAUUACAAGGAGAAUUAUUAUUUGAUAGAAAUAUUAUUCAACAAGGAAAUAUUGGACAUGGAAUUGUUUCACCAUCAAGUCGUUAUAUUCUUGCACCAGUAUUUAAAGAAAAAAGUCAUCAAUAUUAUACUGAUUAUCAAUAUGAUUUAUAUGAAAAAUCGAAAAAAAUUGUAUCAAUCGCACUUCCUGAUGGUCAAGCAGCACCAUUAUCAGCUGUUUUAUAUUCAAAUUCGGAUAAUUUUUUUGCUUUUAUUCAUAGUUUUAAUGUUUAUGUAUAUGAUAUUGCAAAGACAACAAGUAGUAAAGCAACAUCAGAUGGAAAUCGGGAUACAGUUCAUAAUGGUCUAGUAGAAUGGAUUUAUGAAUAUGAAAUUUUCAAUCGAAAUGUUCUUCUAUUUUGGUCUCCCAAUGAUCGUUAUUUGGCGUUUAUUAAAAUAAAUUUAGAAAAUGUUUCAAAAAAUCAUUUUCUUCGAUACGAUUUUUCACAUAAUAGUAAUGAUCAAUAUUCAAUCCCAUAUCCAAAAUUUGGUGAUACGCUUCCAUUACUUGAUGUAUACAUCUACAGUAUUAAAUCAGGAAAAACUAUUCGUGUACCACGUCCGAUUGAAUACGAAAAAUUAAAAUCUGAUUUAUACAUCUACCAUGUUGUUUGGUCUUGUGAUACAUGUUUAUCAAUUGUCUAUAGUACUCGUAGACAAGAUUCUAGUAUAAUACAAUUAUAUGAAAUACAAACAAUAAAUAAUGAUAAUGAUAAAAUCAUAUAUAAAUCACGUUAUGUUGAAGAAACACGAAAAGGUACAUUAUUACCACGUUUUCUCAAACCAACUUUUUCACCAUCGGGUGCAUAUGGUUUUAUUAUACGAUUUGAUCCGUUAAAUAUUAAUAAAUCAACACAAAAAGCUUAUCCACAUGUUGUUCGAAUACAUUUUAAUCAAACACAACCACAAAUUGAUGCAACAUCACCAUUAAAUAUAUCUGCUGAUGAAAUAAUUCAUGUAGAUAAAUUUAACUAUGUCUAUUUCACUGGUUCACCUCAAAAUCAUUCUUUAGAGCGACAAGUUUACCGAUGGAAUUAUAUGAAUACUAAACUGGAUGCAGAAUGUAUUUCAUGUCAUGAUGGAAAUGAAUCAUGUGGUUAUGCAAAUGCACAAUUUAGUCAUGGCAAAGGUAGUUAUUAUAUACUUGAAUGUUAUGGACCAUCAAUUCCUUUUUCAACAUUAUAUAAUCGAACGGGAAGACUUGAAUUAAUUAAUGAAAAUAGUCCAUUUCGUACAUGGAUAAGUCAUCGUUUAAUGCCUCAUGUUGAUUAUUUUUCAGUACCACUAGAUGAUAAAAAUACAGUCGGUCAUGGAAUGAUUAUAUUUCCUCCAACAUACAAUCCUAAUGUUACAAUUGCAUCAUAUCCUGUUGUUGUUUCAAUAAAUGAUCGAUUAUACGAUCAAAGAGUGACUAAAAAAUAUGCUCUACCAUUGUUUGAAUUUGCUCAUGUAACAUACGAUAAUAUAAGUAUUGUAUUAUUUGAUGCACAUGGUAGCACUGGAGACGAUGAAAAUCUUUUAAAAAAUAAUAUUCCUGAUUGGUUUCGAAGACAAUAUCUAGAUUAUAUUAAAGUUGCCCAACAUUUGAAAUAUCAUGAAAAGAAAUUUAAAGAAAUAUUAAAUAGUACCCAAUUUGGCCUGAAAGCACGAGGUCCUGCUGCUGUUAUUGCAUUAAAAUUACUUGAAGAACCUCAUAAAGAUAAAUUUGAAUAUAAUUGUGCAUUUCUUGAAUCUCCUGUCAAUGAUUUAUCUCAUUAUCAUGCUAUUUAUACUGAACGUAUCAAUGGAUUAGAAACCCAUGUUAAAUCAUCGCGUCGAUUAGAUAUUCAAAAUAAAAGUAUAGCUGUCGUACAUGGAACAGCCGAUGAGGAUGUUCAUUUUAAACAUUCAGCAGCAUUAGCUAAAUCAUUUAUUGCAGCUAAUGUUAAUUUUCAAUUUAAAGUUUAUCCGGAUGCAAAUCAUGAUUUUGAAAAAGAUCGAAGGUUGCAUAGUGAUUAUUUUCAUUUUCAACGUCGAUUUUUUCAAGAUUGUCUUGGUAGUCGUGUUAAUAAAGAACGAAAACCAGUCAUACCAGAAGAAUAUGAAUGA